GACUCUGGGCGGAAGCGGCUUUGUAGCCAAGGAGAAGCGAGAUGGGAGUGAAGCUGGAGGUGUUUCGGAUGACGCUCUACCUCACCUUCCCUGUGGCUAUGUUCUGGAUUGCCAAUCAGGCCGAGUGGUUUGAGGACUAUGUCAUACAGCGCAAGAGGGAGCUGUGGCCACCUGAGAAGGAGGACCAGCACCGGGAGCUAGAAGAAUUCAAAGAGAGGCUACGGAAGCAGCGGGAGGAGAAGCUCCUUCGUGCUGCCCAGCAGAGCUCCUGAAGCCUAGCCCCUCCACCCAUGAAAUAACACACAGUUCCUUGUUUCUUG